AUGGCCGCCCUCACCGCCUCCAUCGCCACCUCCACGGCCUUCGCCGCCAAGCCGCGCCUGGCCCGCCCGCCGGCGCGCCUCUCCGUCUCCUGCUCCGCGUCCAGCGGCGACAACACCACCCCCUCCCUCUCCGCCUCCAUCAAGACCUUCUCGGCGGCCCUGGCGCUCUCCUCCGUCCUCCUCUCCUCCGCCGCCACCUCCCCGCCGCCGGCUGCCGCCGACAUCGCGGGCCUGACCCCGUGCAAGGAGUCCAAGGCGUUCGCCAAGCGGGAGAAGCAGUCGGUGAAGAAGCUCAACUCGUCGCUCAAGAAGUACGCGCCCGACUCGGCCCCCGCGCUCGCCAUCCAGGCCACCAUCGAGAAGACCAAGCGCCGGUUUGAGAACUACGGCAAGUUCGGCCUGCUCUGCGGCUCCGACGGCCUGCCCCACCUCAUCGUCAGCGGCGACCAGCGGCACUGGGGCGAGUUCAUCACCCCCGGCGUGCUCUUCCUCUACAUCGCCGGCUGGAUCGGGUGGGUCGGCCGCAGCUACCUCAUCGCCGUCAGCGGCGAGAAGAAGCCCGCCAUGAGGGAGAUCAUCAUCGACGUCGAGCUCGCCGCCAGGAUCAUCCCCAGGGGCUUCAUCUGGCCCGUCGCCGCCUACCGCGAGCUCAUCAACGGCGACCUCGUCGUCGACGACGCCGACAUCGGCUACUAA